AUGGGCAACUGCUGCUGUCCGUGUUUCGUGCCCAAGUUGGAGAGCGCUCGGUACAAGAAGGACGACUUCUGCCACGAGUAUGACAACCACACAGCGUGGACCAAGGACGAGAUCCCUUACUCGCUGCAGCACAUCAGCGAACGAGAACCAGAUAUCGAUCAGGACCCGUCUACUCAUCCGACCAAGGGGCCGUUGUUCAUGGAGCGAAGCAAGAGCGAGAUGAAGCUGCGUGAGAACCGGCGGUCGUACUACUUGCUAGAUGGCCAUAAUAACCAAGGGGCGACGCUGUUCCCCCUACGCAAGUGCAAUUCAUGUAGCACCAUAUUCCUCGACGACUCUACCAUCAGCCAGCCGCAUCUGAAGAACACGAUCAAGUGCAUCGCGUUGGCCAUCUAUUACCACAUCGCGAACAGGAAGAACCGCGGUGAGGAGCGCAGCAUGGACAUCUUCGACGAGAAACUCCACCCGAUAACGGUUGAACGCCCUGAUUUGGAAUAUUUCUUGCGAGACCCUGAACAUCGUCAGAUAUACCGGUUCUUUAGAACACUUUUUGGUGCUGCCCAGCUCACGGCAGAGUGCGCCAUUAUAACUUUAGUUUACAUCGAGCGUUUGUUGACUUACGCUGAAAUUGACCUCUGCCCAACAAAUUGGCGACGAGUAGUUCUCGGUGCUGUGAUGUUAGCCAGCAAAGUUUGGGACGAUCAGGCGGUGUGGAAUGUCGACUAUUGUCAAAUUCUACGGAGCUGUAGGGUGGAGGACAUGUACGGUUUAUGUUUUACUGUACAUUGA